AUGACCACCGGGCCUGCGAUCGUCUACGAGUGGUUAAAAGCCCUGCAGCUCAGCCAGUAUGUCGAGUCUUUUAUGGAUAACGGCUACGACGAUCUGGAAGUGUGUAAGCAAAUUGGAGAACCAGAUCUGGACGCCAUCGGUGUGUUUCCACCUCAUCACAGGCUUAAAGUUCUUCAAGCAGUGCAGAGACUCAAAGAGCAAGAUAGGAAGUUUGCUCCAGCUCUUUACUUCACACUAGAACCUCUACCAGACGUCUCCAAUGACUGCGAGAUCAAAUCAAGUAUUAAUCAUUGGGAUAAACCAGAAAAUGGAUUGGCCAAUAACAAUAUGCUACAUGGAUGCUCGCCAGAACUAGUGUCCUACCCAAAACUUAAGCUGAAAAUCCUGAUCCGGGAUAAAUUGUUCAAGGAUGGGACUGACCUGAGUAAGCCUCCUUACUCGUUUAAGGAUGGCUCUCUUGGAAACAUUAAGGACCUGGUUAAGGAGUUUGCCGAGUAUUACAGUACCUCGUACAGUGAUGUAAAUGAGAGAAUGGAGGAGCUACGCAAGCGCAAAGUGGCUCAGGAAUCAGAAACUGUGAAUACUGAGUUGAUGACCACAUCACUCCAGCUACGCUCAGAAAUCCAGGAGUCACUAGGCCUGAGCAGUACUGUAUCCACUCCUGAGGUCGAGCGAAGGCUGAUGAACAGGUCGAGCUCAGAAGAUGGAUGUGGAGGAAGAUGGGAUACAAGAAAGAAAAAUAAAUCCUUCUGGCAGAAUUUCCGCAAGUCACAGAAAGGUGAUGUGCGCCAGACAACAAAAGGUGAUGUGGGUUUUGUGGCCAGUGAGAUCACAAUGAGUGAUGAAGAGCGUAUUCAGUUAAUGAUGAUGGUGAAGGAGAAGAUGAUCACUGUAGAAGAGGCCUUGGCUCGGUUAAAGGAGUAUGAGAAUCAGAACAGACAGUUAUGCAAUACAGACGCAACCGAAUGGAGUGAGGCUACCAGUCCCACUAUGAAUGAGUCCUACUGCUAUUCAGAAGAUGAGGAGGACUCGAUGGCUUUUCAAAGACUUCACAAACUGGUCAAUUCCACUCGCCGUGUAAAGAAGAAGCUCAUCAGAAUGGAUGAAAACAAAAAAAACACAUCAAAAGACUCAUUGAGUUCAGAGCUCUCUCCCUCAUGUGAGAAAACGGCCUCCUUCUACUCAGGAGUUCAGAAGCACCUUGCUGUGUCACCGGGUGAUGGGCUUGUGUCAGUUCUGCAAGAGCAGCUAUGCGUGGACGGAGACUCAGAAAGCCUGACCACAUCUCCAUCCUCCAGUAGCCUGAAUGCAUACAGUGACCCUAAAGUCUUUAAGAAUUUUACCAGUAGCCAGGGGCUGUUCCACCCCCCCUCAGGACCUAUAAUUGGCACCUCUGUCAUGGACCCAGGCAGUGUCUCAUCAUUCUCUGAAGCUGAGGGCUACUGUGAGGAGGAGCAUAGACUGAGUCGUUCUGUAACAGAAGGAGAAAUGAGAUGGGUCCAGAGUCCUUUGAAAUACCAUGGGAGGGCUUGCAGCUUUGGAGGAUUUGAUCUCCGAAACCAGUCUGUAUACUCAGGAGACAACAACUGUAGCCCCAAUAGUGAAAACGGAGACAGAAGCAGCAGGAGAGUUGUGGUGAGAUCACCUAUUUCAUCUCGUAUUUUUCUUGGGAAGGUAAAAUCAGUGAAAGAGACCAUGAGGAAACACAUAUCCAAGAAAAGCAGCUCUGCCUUGUUUGAGCAGUCAAGUCCAUCCAGAGUGCCUGACUCUCCGCAGUCCCCCCAUACAGACACCGACUCCCUGGAAAAACCCAAACUCAAAUCUGGAGGAUCUGUUGAGAGUCUGAGAAGUUCACUAAGUCAACAGAGCUCAAUGAGUGGGCAGACUGUCAGCACGACAGACUCAUCAGCAAGUAACAGAGAAAGUGUGAAGUCAGAGGAUGGUGAUGAAGAUGAGCUGCCUUACAGAGGACCUUUCUGUGGCCGAGCCCUCGUACACACAGAUUUUAUUCCCAGUCCAUAUGAUACAGAUUCCCUUAAACUCAAGAAAGGGGAUGUAAUAGACAUCAUCAGUAAGCCACCCAUGGGUACAUGGAUGGGCCUUCUAAAUAACAAGGUGGGCACAUUUAAAUUCAUCUACGUAGAUGUGCUGAGUGAAGAAGGUGAAAAGCCGAAACGCAGCAUUAGAAGAAGAAGGAAGAAUCAGCCUCCCAAACCCUCCUCCGUGGAGGAGCUUCUAGAGCGGAUCAACCUCAAAGAGCACAUGCCCACGUUUCUUUUUAAUGGCUAUGAGGAUCUGGAAACAUUUAAGCUACUGGAGGAGGAGGACCUGAAUGAGUUGAAUAUCAGAGACCCACAGCAUAGAGCAGUGCUGCUGACUGCAGUGGAGCUGCUACAGGAAUAUGACAGUAACACUGACCCUGAGCAUUCUGGAUCCUCUGAAGACUCUGAGGAAAAGGUUCAGUCCGAAAUCUUGGCCCCAUCCAGUGACUCCCCUCGUGACUCGGGCUGUUAUGAGAGCAGUGAGAAUUUGGAGAAUGGAAAAGACAUCAGGACAUCCCAUUUAAGCAGGUCCUCAUCAGGCUUUGAGUCCACUCACCUUCCAUCUCCUGAGUAUCCACCUGAAUCCUGUAGCCAGUCUGGACAUAGUCCAGAGUCUCUCCUUUGUCCUUUGCAAAUAAAAUUAAUCGAAGAUCCAAAGUUUGGAACAAGGCACUACUUGAAAAGAGCAAAGAGCUACGAUGUCCUGUUUUGUCAAACCGCACCCCAAUUUCUUCAGAAGCAUAGUAUUUCAUUGGAUGAUCUUCUGCCGAAACUCUACCAAAAGGAGCCCAAAUCAACCGAUUUUACUCCCACUUCUUUUAUGCUGUUUGAUAGUGUGCUGCAAAAUCAUACCCCUGCAAACCCAGAGGAGCUAACUGCACAGCUAGCUACAACAGAUAAGCUACCUGCUGUUGACUCUAUAGAAGCUGAGGUUAAGAAAAUACCCAUAGAUAAAGCUGAAUCAGCUCCAACGGACCUUUUUUUAUCCACACAACGCAUAAAGCCACCAGUUCCUCCGAAACCUCUUCAAUCUCCUUUUGUAAGGGGCAAAAAGACAACCAGCUUUGACAACAAACAUGUUUCCUCGAAUACCCAUCUGCCAAAAAAUUCAGACCAUGCCUCAGGUAUUGGUUUGACUAGCAAACCGUUCAUGCCCAGACUAGGAAAGAAAGUGCAGCACAACAAAACAUCUAAUCUGGAGUCACUAGUGAAGGAUAAACUAAGCUUGGAUGGUAUAGAUCUUACACUGGAACCAUAUUCUGAUAAGCAUGGACGUUACAGGGUGCCAUUAUCCCUCAUUCAGAGAUACUCUGAAGAUUUGGACAAGCCUUUAGGUGAUAUUGCCACAGUCAUGGAUCAGACAAGAGUCAAGCUACUUCGCCAACAGCACCGCAUGGCGAUCCCACUGAGAGGUUUGUCAGAGAUUUGCAUCGAGAUAUAAUCUGCUUGAACAAUGCCAACGUCUUACUGCUGUGACCAGUCACGCUCGGACAUGGAUUGUCUCUGGCAUGGAUCUGCCUGGUUGUCAUUGACUAUUUGUUUGAUAAAGUGUGUCCUUAUCUUAAAGUCAAUCACUGACCCUACCUCUAAACUACAAUAACGGUUUUAGUAAUGCAGGAUAUAAAUACAAAAGGACCAGUGGCAGAAAUUUUUAAGGGAAUGGACUGUCAUAAACUGCCUUGAGAUCAUAAUGCUUAUUACUAAAGCCAGUUA